GUACUUCAGUCAUAUUUCAGACCUUUAUGAAAUAGUAUGGCAAAUACUUAUACGACGGUUACACGAUACAAUACAAAAUCAGUAAAUAAAAGACAUUUCACAACAGUUUAUAUUCACUGUAAUUACACAGAUUAGUGAAAGAACAGGACGAGUUAAAUUGUUUGGAAACAUAUAUAAUUGUUUAAUUCCUUAAGCUAGUCAAAUACAGCGGACUAUCCAGAUAUGAACAAACAAGAAGGCGAAUGGGACAAAACCAGGCCUAGUAAGAAUUCUGAAGAAGAAGGUCCUGAACAAUCAGACCAAUUAAGCAUCAUCAAACAUCCAGAGGAAAUUACUUCAUUUAAAUUACCAAUGAUGCAAACAGUUCAUGUCCCAGUAAAGGGUAAUGCAGACAUUACAGACAGAAGCCAAACAUGGCAUUCAAGUUCUGGCGUUUUGGCUGAAAUGACCAUACCAGAGAAUGCUGAUGAUAACAAUGAGAAAGCUGAAGAAUCCCUAUCCCAUGUUAGAGAGUUUGACAGACCAAAACAGCAUUCCGGCGAAGAUGUGCCGGAACCAACAGACCAUUUAAGCAUCAGCAAACAUCUAGAGGAAAUUACGUCAUCUUCUAAAUUGCCAAUGAUGCAAACAGUUCAUGUCCCAGUGCACGGGGGUGAAGAUAUACCAAACAAAGGGCAAAUGCUCCAAACUUGGCAUCCUCGAUCCGGCGCCUUGUCUGGAAUGCCCACAAUAGAGACCGCAGAAGAAUCCAGUGACCCGUCCCACAGUCAAGAGCUUGACAGUACAAGUGGGCAUCAUGCAGAAGAAAAUCUGGCACCGUCAGACCAUUUAAGCAUCAGCAGAAAUCCGGGGGACGUUGCUUCAUCUUCUAAAUUACUUAUGACCCAAACAAUGCAUGGUGAUGCAGAAAUACCUAACAACAGGCAAAAUAUAUUUAGCAAGACAAUGCCUGCAUCGAGAUCUAGAGAAACGGUCAAGGAAUUGAGUGGGAAGCCGAGAACAAUCAGCAGACCAAGUCAGCAUUCUAAAGAAGACGUUCCGGAACUAUCAGACCAGUUAAGCAUCAGCAAACAUCCAGAGGAAAUUACUUCAUCUUCUAAAUUGCAAAUGAGGCAAACAGUUCAUGUCCCAGUGCAGGGUGAUGUAGAUAUACCAAACAAAAGGCAAAUGCUCCAAACAUGGCAUUCAGGUUCUGGAGCUUUGGCUGGAAUGACCAUACCAGAGAUUGCUGAGGAUACCAAUGAGAAAACAGAAGAAACCCUAUCCCAUACUAGAAAGUUUGACAGAUCUUCUGAAGAAAAAGGUCUGGAACUUUCAGAGAAUUUAAGUAUAAACAAACAUCCAGGGGGAAGUGCUUCAUCUUCUAAAUUGCCAAUGAUGCAAACAGUUCAUGUCCCACUGCAGGGUGAAGAAAAAAUACGAAACAAAAGGCAAAUGCGCCAAACAUGGCAUCCUCGAUCUGGCGAUUUGUCUGAAAAGCCCACAUUAGAGUCCGGAGAAGAAUCUAGUGUCCCAUCCCACAUUCAAGAGCUUGACAGUACCAGUGAGCAUCAUGCAGAAGAAAAUCUAGCACUAUCAGACCAUUUAAGCAUUAGCAGAAAUCCAGGGGAAGUUGCUUCAUCUUCUAAACUACCAAUGACGCAAACAGUGCAGUGUUAUGCAGAAAUACCUAACAACAGGCAAAAUAUGUUAAGCAAGACAAUGCCUGCAUCGAAAUCAGGAGAAACGAUCAAGGAAUUGAGUGGGAAGCCGAGAACAAUCAGCAGGAGACCAAAACAGCAUUCUGACGAAGAAGUGCCGGAACAUACAGACCAUUUAAGUAUCAGCAAACAUCCAGAGGAAAUAACUUCAUCUUCUAAAUUGCAAAUGAUGCAAACAGUUCAUUUCCCAGUGCAGGGGGAUGUAGAUAUGCCAAACAAAAGGCAAAUGCUCAAAACAAGGCAUCCUCGAUCUAGCGCCUUAUCUGAAAUGCCCACAAUAGGGACCGGAGAGGAAUCCAGUGACCCAUCCCACAGCCAAGAGCUUGACAGGUAA